AUGGCAAUAAUGAUCUCAGAGGAAGAGAGUAUGGGACUUUCGACAUCAAACAUGUAUCUUCACGGGAACCCCAAAUGCAGUCAUAUUAAUUUAAAGGCCAAUCGAGUCUCAUCUUCAUGGAGUUCAUUAGACAGAGAAACAGAUUACAACAGAUGGGUGUCAUGGAAUGCUAAUAACAACCGAAAGAGGGCCUUGUUGAGGGCAAAAUCAACCAUUCAGACAGCAGGCGCGGAUGGCAAAUCAGUUCUCGACGACAAGCUAAGGAAAGCUGAGAUGAACAGUGUCAGGGUGAAUGUUAGCCAAGACGGGACUGGCCAUUUUAAGACCAUAAAAGAAGCUGUCGAUAGCAUUCCACCAUACAACACCAGAAGAGUUAUAAUUGCAAUCAAACCUGGUGUUUAUAGGUAUGCUUUCGAUUCACUUAAUGUCAAAGCUGUACAUCACAUUAAUACUGUAUUAAUUGUCAGUACUCGUGAAGAUACUGACUUGAUGUGA